CUCUUCCUCCCCAACACCUCUCUCUCGCGCGCAAUCAUGGACAUCCGCCAAAUGAUGCGGCAAAUGCAAGGCAUGGGCGGUGGCGGUUCAGAUGCCGCACCGGCCGGCGACUCCCCACAGAACGAUAAUGCCGAGACGGUCUACAUCUCUUCGCUUGCCUUGCUCAAGAUGUUGAAGCAUGGGCGAGCAGGAGUGCCUAUGGAGGUGAUGGGAUUGAUGCUGGGCGAAUUCGUGGAUGAUUAUACCGUGACAUGCAUCGACGUCUUCGCGAUGCCGCAGAGUGGGACAAGCGUUACAGUCGAGAGCGUGGAUCCCGUAUUCCAGACCAACAUGUUAGAGAUGCUUCGCCAGACAGGAAGACCAGAGAUGGUCGUCGGAUGGUAUCACUCUCACCCGGGCUUCGGUUGCUGGCUGUCCAACGUCGACAUCAAUACGCAGCAGGCAUUCGAGCAGCUCAACUCGAGGGCGGUGGCCGUUGUUGUGGAUCCCAUUCAGAGUGUCAAGGGAAAGGUCGUCAUCGACGCAUUCCGUCUCAUCAACCCGGCGACGGCCAUGCAAGGGCAGGAACCACGUCAGACGACGUCCAACAUCGGGCACUUGAACAAGCCGACGAUCCACUCGCUCAUUCACGGACUCAACAGGCACUAUUACUCACUUGCUAUCAAUUACCGCAAGACCGAACUAGAGCAGAGCAUGCUGGGCAACUUGCACAAGCGCAACUGGACCGAGGGGCUCAGAUUGAGGGACUGGGGAGUGCAUCGCGAUAAUAACGAGAAGGCAAUCAAGGUGCGGCGCGGCGCGGCUCGGCGUGGCGUGGAGUGCCCGCGAUGACUACAGCCGGGUGCAUUGAAUAAAUCGGCUGACCUCCCCCCUCUUCCUCCUCUCUCUCUCUCUCCCACCUCGCACGCAGCGAAUGCUCUCCCUCUCGGAACAAUACAACAAGUCCGUACAAGAAGAGUCGACGCUCACCGCUCAAGAGUUGAAGACGCGACACGUAGGCAAGCAAGACCCGAAGCGCCAUCUCGAGGACGA